UGCGAGCUGAACUGUAUGCCGAUCGGCGAGCGGUUCUACUUCCGUCACCGGGCCAAGGUGACGGACGGGACGCGCUGCAAUGACGAGUCGUUCGACGUAUGCGUCGACGGCACCUGCCAAUCGGUCGGUUGCGACAUGAUGCUGGGAUCGCAAGCCAAGGAAGACAAGUGUCGCGUGUGUCGCGGUGACGGCAGCAGUUGUAAGACCGUCAACGGCCUGCUGGACGCGCAGAACCUGCAGGUGGGCUACAACGAUCUGCUGCUCAUCCCGAACGGUGCCUCCAACGUGGUGAUCAACGAACUGGCGCCCUCCAACAACUACCUGGCGAUCCGCAACCUGACCGGGUUCUACCAUCUGAACGGCAACUAUCGGAUCGACUUCCCGCGGACGAUGCAGUUCGCCGGCUGCGAUUGGCACUACGAGCGGCGUCCGCAAGGAUUCGCGGCUCCCGAUCGGUUGACGUGCCUUGGACCGACGACGGAGUCCGUGUAUCUGGUGCUGCUGUCACAGGAUCGUAACGUGGGCGUCCAGUACGAGUACAGUGUAUCGGCCCAGUCGGCUCCGGUUGACGAGCCGGAUAGCUACUCCUGGAUGCACACGGCGUUCGAGCCGUGCACGGCUAGCUGCGGCGGAGGUGUCCAGUCCCGAAACGUCACCUGCAACAGUAAAAGCUCCCUGAGGGAGGUGGACGAAGGACUGUGCAAUGCGGGCGAACGGCCACCGAGCACCCAGAAGUGCGGUCAGCAGGCUUGCCCCGCUCGGUGGUCCGAAGGACCGUGGAGUAACUGUUCGAUGCCGUGCGGCACGGAAGGCAAACAGACGCGCGACGUGUACUGCGAGCGGGUUUCGGGCGAUGGCGAGACGAAGAAGCUGGACGACGACGUGUGUCUGGAGAGUGUCGGCAACAAGCCAGCGACGGAGCGGGAAUGCAAUCAGGGAACGGUCUGCCCCGAGUGGCACAUUGGCAAGUGGUCCCCGUGCAACAAGCUGUGCGGCGAGGGUGAACGGACGCGAAAGGUUACGUGCUAUCGCAAGGAACACGGUCGUAUCACGGUGUUGCAAGACGACGAGUGCAUCACGGAAAAGCCGGCCCCGAGCGAGAAGUGCACGCUGCGACCCUGUGAGGGUGUCGAUUAUGUAACGUCGUCCUGGAGCGGGUGUGACGAGUGUGGUGCGACGGCCGAAACCCGCACGGUGCACUGCGCCUCGAAGGCGGGUACCAUCUACGACAUGAAGUUCUGCAAGGAGCGCGAGAUGCCCGAGUUGCACCGUGUCUGCGAGCUGACCCCGUGCGAGUACCAAUGGUUCACGUCGCAGUGGAGCAAGUGCUCGGCCGUGUGCGGUACCGGUGUCCAGACGCGCACGGUGGUGUGCGGCGUGUUCGAUGGUCAGUCCUUGAAGCGGGCCGACGAUGACUACAAGUGUGACCCGACGCUGAAGCCGGAGAAGGAGCGCGAGUGCGAAGGACCGCCCGAGUGCCCGGGACAAUGGUUUGCCGGGCCGUGGACCGACUGCUCGAAGGACUGCGGUGGCGGCGUGAAGUCGCGCAAGGUGCUCUGCAUCGCCAACGCCACCGUCGUGCCGGAAACGAACUGCAACGUGGACAGUAUCCAGUUGACGACGGAGUCCUGCAAUGCUCACGAUUGCACCGAGGACGAGAUCAUUCCGGUUGAGGCGGGAACCACGCUCGGCGUGGAGGAUGACUACGACGAGGACGAACUGUGUGACGAGGAGGAGGACGGGGAAGGCAGUGGCAGUGGCAGUGGUGAGGAGGCUGAAGGGUCCGGGGACGGUCUCAGCAGCACGGAGGGUCAGGACGGUGUGAUGAUGGUAACGGAGGAUACCUCGCUGGCGGAGGGCGUAGAGCUGGGUGUCAGCGGGGGCACCACGGAGUCCUCACUCGAGACCGACGAGGUGAUGCUGAGCGAUGCGACGGGCUUCGAAACCGGAGCGACGGAUGCGGACGCAGCCACUACCGACCGUACGGUCGAAGGAUCAGGCGAUGGCAGCAGUGUCGCGGACGUUUCGGACGGUUCAGGAGACGACGCUGAGCUCACGACGAUCGUGGCCACCUCGAGGGCAUCCGAUAUGUCGCAGGAACUUACAGAAGCCGCCAGUUCCACGGAAUCGGCCAGUGGUUCUACGGAGCGCUCGUCCGAGUCCAGCUCCGCUUCUAGUGAGGUAGCAUCGCAGACCUCAAGCGAAUCGUCAUCAACAGCUGCGGAAUCGACGUCUGAAGCCUCGCUUUCAUCCUCCAGCGAAGGUCCCUCGUCGUCGUCGAGUGAGUCUUCCGAGCCCACAACGGAUACAACCGAGUCGUACACCAGUACGACCGAAUUCGACUCAACAACUGAUGGCAGCAGCUCAACGACGAGCGACGAUCUCUCCAGCACCGUGGACGGAUCGUCUACGGAUGGCUCUGCCAGCACAACCGAGCAGGACUUGGGCAGCACAACGGUUGCAGACAGUAGCUCGAGCGAGUCUGACGUCACCACGGCUACGGAGCUCGGGUCUAGCACCGUGGAUAGUGUCACGGGCAGCACACCAACGGAAGGCGCGUCCGAUGCUACGGAGCAGGUUGCAUCCAGCAGUGAGCUAUCGGUUACCGGACUGACAGGAGUGUCUACGGAUGAAUCCCCGGUUACGGAGCCCUCGUCUGACGGUAGCUCCACUCCGGAAUCAACCGACGUAACCGAGCCUACGGAAGACUCGACCGGUUCGACCGUCACCGAGGACGGCGUGGAAGAGACCACCUUCGAUAUCUGGGCUUCAUCGACAUCGAGCGCCACCGAUGAUACGGAUGAACCGGAAACCAGCACGCCGUACUCGCUGAGCUCCGUGAUCGCGAAGGAGCAGAAACCGCGGAAGUGCCGACCGAGACCGAAGGUUCCGGAGUGUGCCGCGUCGACGUUCGGGUGCUGCCCGAACGGGAAGACCAAGGCGACCGGUCCGUUCUCCGAGGGGUGCACCCUGCCGGAGACGUGCAAGGAAACGAAACACGGUUGCUGCCCGGACGGAGUGUCUCCGGCCAAGGGUCCUUCGGACCGGGGUUGCCCGAAGGCGGACUGUGCCGAUACGCUGUUCGGUUGCUGCCCGGAUAAGGUCACUCCGGCGGAAGGGAACGAUCAGGAGGGUUGCCCGGUCGAGACGACGACCGUGGCCGGGUGCGUCCUCAGCAAGUUCGGAUGCUGCGCCGAUGGCGUCAGCGAAGCGAAGGGUCCCAACUCGAAGGGUUGUCCCGGAGUGGUCGAGGAAGCGGAACCGCCGUCAGCCACGGACAAGGCGCAACCGGUGGCCGAAAACUGCACCAGCUCGGAGUUCGGUUGUUGCGCGGAUAAUACGACGGCCGCUACCGGUCCGGACGGAGCCGGGUGUGAGCCGUGUGGCCGCGAACCUUAUGGGUGCUGCCAGGAUGGCAAAACACCGGCCCACGGACCGAACGGAGAGGGUUGCUGUCUGCAGACCCCGUACGGUUGCUGCCCGGAUAACGUCGUUCCCGCUCAGGGUCCCCAUCUGGAGGGCUGCGAGUGUGAGUACUCACCGUAUGGAUGCUGUCCGGACGGUAAGACCUCCGCCCGGGGCUCCGGGAAUGCGGGUUGCGGAUGCCAGUACGUCGAGCACGGAUGCUGUCCGGAUAUGCAGACGGAAGCACAGGGACCAAACUUCGAGGGUUGCCCGUGCCAUGCGUAUCAGUUCGGUUGCUGUCCGGACGGUGUUACACCGGCCAAGGGACCGCACAAUCACGGAUGUCACUGUUCACAUAGCGAGUUCAAGUGCUGUUCCGAUGGCAAGACGGCGGCCAACGGGCCAGACGGUGCCGGGUGUACUUGUGCCGAUAGCAAGUAUGGCUGCUGUCACGACGGAGCCACCGAGGCGCAAGGGGCCAAGUUUGAGGACUGUGCUGCGGUGCCCGAGUCACCGCAGAAGGCUUGCGCACUGCCGAAGGAUAAGGGUCCGUGCCACAACUACACCGUCAAGCACUUCUUCGACGUCGAGUACGGUGGCUGCGGUCGGUUCUGGUACGGUGGGUGUGAGGGUAACCUCAACCGGUUCGAUUCGGCCGACGAGUGCCGGGACAGCUGCGAAACGCCCACCGGUAAGGGCGUUUGUCAUCUGCCCAAAAUCAGCGGUCCUUGCACCGGGCACUACAACAUGUGGUACUACGACGCGGAGCGGAACCUGUGCUCCCAGUUCACGUACGGUGGGUGCCUCGGUAACGCCAAUCGGUUCGAGAAGCUCGAGGACUGCAAGGCCGCGUGCAGUGUGGAUGACUCAAAACCACCUUGCGAGCAACCGAUGGAGGCCGGACCGUGUAACGGCACGUUCGAGCGGUGGUACUACGACAAGGACGCCGACAUGUGCCAACCGUUCUACUUCGGGGGCUGUAAGGGCAACAAAAACAACUACCACACGGAAGCAUCCUGUGACUAUCACUGCAAGAAGCCAGGUGUACACAAGCCGAGCUGUCGGCAGCCACUGGACGUCGGGAACUGCGAGGCCCAGCAGGCCCGCUGGCACUUCACCGGUGAUGGUAACAAAUGCAUGCCCUUCUACUUUACCGGUUGCGGUGGCAAUGAGAACCACUUCGUCUCGCGCGACCAGUGCGAAGCGGAAUGUCCACCGAAGGUUGAGAAAGACACCUGCUUCCUGCCGGCGGAGAUUGGCGAGUGUCAAAACUAUACCGCGCACUGGUACUUCGACACGAAGGAGCAGCGCUGCCGGCAGUUCUACUACGGUGGCUGCGGUGGCAAUGGGAACAACUUUGUGGACGAGCAGUCCUGCACCAGUCGGUGCAUCGACGGCGGUGCGAAGCGUGAACCUGAGCCGGCACCCCGGCCAGAACCGAGCCAGUUCGACCGCCGGUACUGUCAGUUGCCGAUGGACAACGGGGAUCGUGAAUGCCAACCGUACCAGCGAAGGUUCUACUUCGACGCCCAGACCGGAGUCUGUACACUGUUCACCUACACCGGCUGUGGCGGCAAUCAGAACAACUUCCAGACCGAGGAAUCCUGCCAGCAGGCGUGCGGCAGUGUCCAGAACGUGUGCGACCUGCCCCAGGAGCAGGGCGAUUGUGCGAACUCCGAGGAACGGUGGUACUUCGAUCGACGAGACCAGCGGUGUCUACCGUUCAGUUACAGUGGCUGUGGAGGCAAUGGCAAUAACUUCCACGGCCAGCAGGACUGUGAACGGCAGUGUGCCGGACCGGGCGAUGUCGAUCUGCGUGGUCCGACCGAUCCGGAGCGGGCGGAGAAUGUGAGCCGUUGUGAACUGCACCCAGAGUUCGGUGACGGUGCCGGAGAUGGUGAGCUGAUCCUGUUCUACUACAACGCGGAGCGAAGGUCCUGCGAGCGAUUCCGGUACAGUGGGGCCGGUGGAAACGCGAACCGGUACGAAUCGGAGGAGGAGUGUGAACGGACCUGUGGCAUGUACCGGGGCGUAGACGUGUGUCGCGAAGUGCUGAACCCUGGACCAUGUAACGACGCGAUUCCGAGGUUCUACUACGAUGCCCGGACUCAUGCCUGCUACGCGUUCAACUACAGUGGCUGCGAGGGUAACGGCAAUCGGUUCGCUGGCGCCGAGGAGUGCGAAGGAACCUGCGUACACCGACGUCCGGCCGAAAGCGUCGAUCAGUCUGAUGCUCCGGAUAUCUGUAGCCUGAAGCUGGCGAGAGGCGAUCGGCGGUGCAAGGACCGGUCGCGCCUGAAGUUCCGCAAACGGUGGUACUAUGACGUUGAGCGGGAAACAUGCUUCGCGUUUCGGUACAGUGGAUGUGGUGGCAAUAGCAACAACUUCCCUUCGUACGAUCACUGCCGACGGUACUGUGAGAUCGAGUCGAACGCGAUAAAUCCUUGCGAGCGGUACGAGGACGAGUGCCGACAGUUCCAGUGUCAGUACGGCCUAGCCAAAUCGUACGAUCCGAGCAAUGGGUGCGAUCGGUGCCAGUGUAAUGAUCCUUGCGCCGGUCAGUACUGUCCACCCGGAACACAGUGCGUGGUGGACGUGCAAAGUGGCGGAACGGUCAACGCCGGUGGGUCCGAGUUUGUGGGGGUGUGUCGCGCCUCCCACAAACCGGGCGAAUGUCCUGCGCUGGCCAAUGCCACCCACUGUGGCGUUGACUGUUACUCGGACGCUGACUGUCGUGGUAACAACAAGUGCUGCGAUGCUGGCUGCGCACGGAUCUGCAUCAGUCCCGUGGAACGACCGACAGGGGUCGCUCCGGUGGUUCCGGGAGUUCCGGGCCCCACGGUGCUGGAGGAAGUUGCGCCGGAGGAGCUGGACAUCAAGUCGGAGGAAGGAGGUGUAGCGACGCUGCGCUGUUUUGCCACCGGAUUCCCACCGCCGUCGGUCCGUUGGCGAAAGGGAGCCAUUUUGUUGAACACCAACCAAGGACGCUAUGUGCUGACAUCGACGGGAGAUCUGCAGAUCGUUCAGCUGCACCGUACGGACAGUGGAACGUACGUGUGCGUUGCUGACAACGGCAUCGGGGAGCCAGCCCUGCGAGAGGUCCAGCUGACGGUGAACGAUCCGGUGCCGCGAGACGCGUACAUUGCGGGCACUCUGAACGAUUCGCAAGUGAUUCAGCUGGAGGAACCGGCGACACUUCGGUGUCCGGCCGGUGGCUACCCGAAACCGGUCGUUAGCUGGUGGCGCGAAACGUUCAUGAUGCCCCUGAAGAUGGUGAGUCGCGACUACUCGCUGCACUUCGAGCGCGUCCGCCUGCAGGAUCUGGGUCCGUACGUGUGCCAAGCUUACUCCGGUGCCGGCAAGGGAAUUUCGCGCACGGUAACCCUGCUCGCUUACGGGCCGGUCACGCCGAUCAGCCCGGUGGACGAGAAGUACCUUAAGUACGUCCUCAGCGGUCGUCCGCCGGUCUCGGUGUCGGUGGUGAUACGACCCGCGCCGGGCGAUCCGUAUCCGCCACGACCACGGCCACCGCCCGUGGUGGUGCGUCAGCCGGUUCCGGCGACGGUGGCGAUGCACUUCCCGCAAGGUCGCGAUCUAAUGCCGAACAGUAACUUCACGAUCAACUGCACGGUCGAUGGAUACCCGAAACCGACCGUGAACUGGUUCAAGGAUGGCCAGAUCAUGGUGCCGACCGACCGUAUCCACAUCACCGACCACAACCUGCUGAUUGUAACCGGUGCCAUACCGUCGGACAGUGGGCGGUACAAGUGUCUGGCGAGGAACGAACAGUCAGAAGCUUUCCAAGAGCACACCGUUCGCGUAGAAGGUGUGUACGUUCCGCCAGAAUGUACCGACAAUCAGCUGCUGGCCAAGUGUGACCUGAUCGUCGCGGGGCACUACUGCAACCACAAGUACUACGCACGAUUCUGUUGCCGCUCGUGUACGCUGGCGGGUCAGAUAAAUGUUGGCAGUCGCCAUUAUUAGUUCAGUGUGCCAUAUAGAAACGAAGCGGAGGAAAAUUCGCGAAAAACCUCCAUCGACUGGUGACGAAACCUGUCGACAACCUGCUAGCCAGCUGCUGCUCGAACGGAACCCUUCCAUUUUCUUCUACUUCCUGCGCGCACAACGCACAACAGAUCACUGUGUAAACUAACAGCAAGCUCCGUGAACCUUCCGUGAACCGAUCGACAGCUUCUCGAUGGCUGCCAUCCUGACCUGCUGAUGGCCUGACCAAUCGACGGUCGCUGGUCGGCACUUAUACCAAAACCGAAACUGAACCACUAGUGCAGACCUUCGGAACGCAAUCAUUCAAACAAUGAUCGCUCUAGUAAUAGGUUAUAGAUCAAUCGUGGUUUGUAGUGCGGACGGCGAAACGGAGAAAUGUCUGCCCCAACAAAUACAAAAGCAACGAAAUGUGUUAAUAAGCGAAGAUUUUUAGUGCUUAGAGGUAGGGAAAAAAGGAACCACACAAACGAACAUUUCUCCACUGUAGAGCGUACUCGCUCGAUACAAGCAUUUUUGUCUAGAGCUCGUCGUUUACUGCUUACUGUAAAUAAUUUAUUUUCAACUUACUACAACCAUACUGCAGUUGAAUCUUUGUCGUGAACGUAGAAAAAUGAGUAAGGAACACAUCGACCUACGAAAUAUGAAAUAAUAAGUGAAUUAAAGCGAUCCAAUUUGAG